AUGGCUCGCGCUGUACCUGUCGGUGUGGCUGCUGCCGGUCCUCCUAAUCAAACGGUUCGUUUUUUUUCUUCCAAGGAGCUCUAUGGAUGUCUUUUGCAGAUCCAAGAACUGAUCGAAUGUCCGAUCUGUUAUAACGUCUACGACCGUCCCCUCCAGUUGAGCUGCGGUCACACGCUCUGCGCCUCCUGUAUCGAUCGAUUGGUUUGUUUCAUCCUUUUAAUUAUUUGGUGAUUCAAAAAGUUGCAUUAAAAUCGUGACUUAUUUCAGGUGGAGCAAGCGCGCCCACCCAACUUAAUCAAUCCGGCAGAUGUAAGAACAAAAACUUCAUUUUUGGCAUGAAUAGUUCUUUUUCAGUACCUUUUUCCGCCGCCUCAGGAUCCUCAGCAAGUUUUUGGACUCGGUGGAAUGAUGGUUUGUUGAUUUUUCAUAUUUUAUGAAUGAAAAAUGAGAAUUUCUGAUGAUUUUUGAGGUCUUGUAGUUCGUUUAGAACGUAAAUAAAAGAAAGUCUCUAUAGAUAUCGAGAAAAGGCUUAUCUAAAUAGAGAUGAGAAUGGUGCAGAAAACAUUUGAAAACUCGAAAAAUUUGAUGAGAACUGGAACAGUUAGGAAUUCUCAGAUGCGAGCAGUCUAUCCAGGACAACAAGUUCCGCUGCCCCCAGGAGCUCGAGCUCAGCGCGUUCGAACAGAAAUCCGCUGCCCCGAGUGCCGCAAAACGACUUUUGUGCCUCCUGAGGGCCUUCCUGUCAACUACAGACUCCAGGGUACUUUUUUUUUUUCAAAAGCUACUCAAUUUUAUUUUGCAUUUCGCAGUCAUAAUUUAUCCCAAGAGUUAAAAGAAAACUAGUGUUAUCGUAAAAUUUUUUUAGAAAUGGUGUCCCGCAUGGCUACAGAGACCGCCAAGAAGCCGGAGCGUCGUUUGGGGUCAGUUUCAAUACGUUUUUUGGUGAUUCGAUAGAUAAAAAUCAUUAUCGGAAAUUCUGAGUUUCAUUGAGAUUCUUUGUUCAUUUCACUCAUAUAUUUCUUGCUGAAGCUAUGUUGCUCUAUGUAUCUGAGGGAAACAGACAUUCCAAUUUUCAACUUCUUGACUAGAGAGUUUCAUGAUUACAUGCUAAAUUUCAAAUUUCUUCGUAUUGAAAACUGAUUCGAGAUAUUUCCUAAUUCAUUUUUCGUGUGCUCCAUUGUUUCUUACAAAAAAAGCAACUAUUUUGCUAGCAUUGAUUCUCUCUUUUACCCAUUCCCACGGGAAAAUUUCUUAAGAUAUCGCUUGGUUUUUUUUCUCAGAGCUAUUCUACCAUAUCGUAGGAUUUUUUUUAUGAGCGUUUUUUUCCAUGAGAGAUACCGAAAUGGUUUUAAUUUGACUUUGAAACAAAAAGAGCCAGUUAUAUGCAUUUUGUUUGAAGUAUCUAUUAUUCUCGAUAAUUAAAUCAAAGAAAAAAAAAAAAUGAAAUUUGAAGGUUAUGCAAAGUUUGCGACGAAAAACUCGCCGGCGGUAUCUAUUUCAACUGUGUCACUUGCGCUGAAAAUGGCAACAGCGUGGUGAGGAAACAGUUUUGAGGAGUUCUCCAACAUUUUUUAAUCAUCCAGCAAAGAAUCUGUUCGACGUGCGCCGUCCGUUCUCAUAAUGGACAUCAGCUUGAGGAACUUGCCGCUGUGACGGAGAAAGAUGUGCAGGUGAAAUCUGCAGCGAUUCGGAAUUUGAAGAAAAAAACAAUGAGCUUUUGAAGAAAACUUAUCGGAAAGUUAAGGAAAACAGAUUGAUUUCUGGUAGUUGAACACGUGGAAAUCGGUUGGAGAGAAAGCUUCAGAAACUAUUUUAUUUAUCUCUGAAGAGAAAUACGAGGGGGAAACAAAAUUUUUGGAAAUUUUUAUGAAAAAAAGAUUAUAAAAGGAGUAGUGGGCUUAAGAGAUGCGGAUAAGACGGAUCGCCCGGCACAUUGUCAAAAAAACCCCUUUUUCCACCCGAUUUCUAAACUUUUACUCAUUUUCAACUUACCCCGUCGACGGCUUUGGUGGGAUUCAGAAAAAUCAUUUUCGAAGAAAAAAAAAUUAUGGAAUUACGUUUGAGUAUACAAAAGUAAUUUCUCCGGUUUUGGGAAAAAUGAAUAAUUUUUGAGGAAAUGAAAGACAAGAUCAGCAACGCGGCGUGCAGCGCCUACUCGGAGCUCGACCAGGUCGGCCCCAAGCUCAACGUCAUCAGCACCGACCUCCACACCAUUAUCCUCAAGGUCCUCAAUAGUCGAAAAAUAGAGAUUCGAGGAUAGUUGUCAGAGAGAUAAAACGAACAGAGUGAAAAAAGGGAAAACAUUGUUUCUAAAAGUUUUCUCCAAAAAUUUCUUAGCAUUUUGAGUUUGAAGUUGGUUGAUUUGAUGUUUGCUCAUCGAAAUUUCCAUAAGAAAUAAUUUUAUCAACGAUAAUAUGGUUGAUCUUUUCGUAUGAAAAAAACUCCUAGUCUUUAGAAUUUUUUUGUUUGUUGGAGUAUUUGAUUGUUUAUUGACUGAUAACAUCGAGUUUAAAAAUGUCAUAAAAGCGAAUUACAAUAAAAAAAUUUGACCGAGAAGAAUUUGAAAAAGUGGGUAUCGAAAAACUGUCAAGAUUUUAGCUUCUCCUAUUUUAUUUUUUCCUUUCUACAUCUUUAUCCUAUGUUUUUUUUAAAAGUAAAUAAUUUUACAAUAGCGUUUCUUCUAGUUCCUGACGGAUUCGGUAUCGUUGUUCGGCGCCUUGGCAAACUGUUACGAUGACGAUUCCGGCGAAAGCACGUCGGCCACUCACGACAGCAUCCAGCACAAGAUCGACAUGGCCGAAGCCAUCUCCAUUGAUUAUUAUAAGGUUUUUUUAUAUUUAAAGGAAAUUAGAACAAUUAUUUUUUUAUUCAAAAAAACCUUAAGGACUGAUCAAUUUAGUGAAACUUGCAUUUUUUCAGAUCGUUCGUAAUUUGGACAAAUUCGUCCAAGAAGUCCGCAAAUUGGCUCUGGAAUUUGUCGCGCCUAUGAAGGUUUUUUCGUCCAAUCAAUUCUCAUUUCAAACUUUAUUUCAUCAUAGGUAUCUUUGGAGAAACAUGUGCUGGAGAGCGGCGUAAUCGACAAAUUCGAAGUUGAGGAAGCUCAGGUGAGCUUGAAACAUGGGGAAGAAGAAAAAUAGUGGGAUUUGGAGAUAGAAGUAAGAAGGAAGAAAAUGAUGAAACGGGAGAGAAUUUAGGGUUGUCUCUUCCAAAAUUCAUGAAAUGUUUUUGAUAACGACAUAGAUUCAUUGAAUAAAGAAAACAAAAAAUAAGUUGAACUUUCUUUAAGAAUAUUUGAAACUCCGUUCAUUAAAUGGUCGGUUUUCUAGUCAUUCGCUUUGUUUUUGGCUAGUUUUGACGGUUUGAUGUACCUAUAUAUGAGUUUGAUCUUUUAAAAGCCAAAUACUGAAAUAUUCAGGAGCAUUCGCUGCACAACAACGCAAGAAAUCCGCUGCAAUUUUUUUGGAAGUUCAUUUACAUCUCACUUUUUCAGACGCCUGAAAACAUGGAAGUUGGGGAGAGCGCGGCGAACGUCGGCGGAGACACAGACGACGAGGCGGACGGCGAGGAAUCGGAAUUGGUGGCUCCUGUCGAGACGGCGCAACCCGCUGUCGGUCGGAACAGCGAGGAGAACGUCCGCGAAGGAUACGAGCGUCAAGUGUUGGUAUUUCAGUCUCCUAAGUCUCCUUAUUUAGCUGGCUCCUAGCAUGUUGAAUUAAACUUCUAACCCCACUAAUUGCUAGCAAAGACUCAAAAAUUUAUUUAAUAUAAGUUUUAAAUUUGAUUUUUUUCGGUUUUCUUUCAAAAUUUAAAAUUUGACAACAGAAUAGAAAAAAAUGGAUAUUUUUUUAUAUUUUUUUAGUAUAAAAAAAUUUUUUUCGCUUAUUUUUUUCUCAACUCGCGUUCAAUAUCGCCUGUAUCAUAAUUCUAUGUUUCAAAGAGUUUGUUCUGUCGUGUCCGCUGUUGUUCUUCUAUUAGCACCAGAACGCCUCUAUGUUGUUAUGUUCGUUUUAGUUUCUCAUAAACUUGUUGUUCGCCCAAUUUUAUUUUGCACCGCUCUAAAUCAUGUAGCUUAGUUCAAGAUUUGAGUCAAAUUGCGUCGAAGAAGUCACUCAAGGGCUCUUAGCAGUCCUCCGCAGAAGAAUUGUGCACGUUUCAUAACUUUCAGCUUAUAUGCUCCGCCCAAAAGAUUCUCUAAUGAUUUAUACGUUCUGUGCUUUUACAUAUUUGUGAAUAUAAUUCCAAUAUUCUCACACCUGCAACGCACAACCAGCCAUUCACAUUUAUUUGCUUUCUUCUUUCAGAAAAAAAAACUCGUGUAAAAUAAAGAAAAAUUGACGAUUUAAGGGCACACAGACGGCAGCUCCAAUGGCGACGUAUGAAGAAGCUCGAAGAACGUCGUAAUGCUCAACGAGCAGCUCGGGAUGCCGAAGUCCAGCAAAGAGUACGGACUUUCUUCGAGAAAGAGUCACGGCUGGAAACAGUCUGACGUGUCUGUGCUCACUCCUCUCCCACUGGCGCUCCAAAUAGUAGAAACAGCUGAACAAAAAAGGACGCAGACACGUCUGACGGAUCUGAAUCAUGAAUUAAUACUACUUUCAAGGGUUCAGAAUAAAAAAUCUUUUAAAAACUCUAAUGGUUCAGCUUCCAUACGCUUUUUCUGUCUAAACUUCAAUUAUUUGUUUUUACAGAGAAACUAAAACACUACAGUAGAAUCUUUAGAAAAAGAAGCGGAGGAUGUUUUUUUCGAAGGCGAAAAAUAAAUGUUUGCAGCUUGAAUAUUGGAAACCGAUUUUGAGAACACAUUUUUUAUGUAGUUAGUUUUGUAUUUGGUUCUUAAACUACGAAGAGAAUCACUUUUCGAUUUCUGAGGUCCUUUUGAUAUCCUUCAAAAACUUCCGUCGUAUAGGGAGAAAGGAAAAGAAAUGCUUUAGGUCAGUUUGCUUUUUGUUUUUAGUCAUCCAGACGAAAAGGUCAAAAUGGAGGGACAGUGUGAGUCGGAAAACGUUCAAUCGAAAAAUUUAGCACUGUUGCAUGUGGAAAACGGGUCAAUUUUCAGAGAGAAGCGGCCGGUCGUGCUCAGCAGAACAACCAGCCAUUGAAUCCACGACAUCCAGACUACUUUCUGCAGCUGCAAGCUCAGCUUCAUCAAGCGCAGCAAAAUUAUCAAGCGGCUCAGCAGCAUGUCCAACAGCAGGCGCAGCAACAAGCUCAGCAGCAGGCUCAACAUCAGCAACAAGUUCAACAUCAGCAACACGUUCAACAUCAGCAGCAAGUCCAACAGCAGCCUGUUCAACAGCAGCCCCAAGUUCAACAUCAACAAGUCCAGCCAGCACAUCUGCAACAGUUCCAGCAGCAUCUCCAAAACGCCCAGAUCCUGCAGCAGCAAAUCGCACAGGUCGUCGGAAAUCCGCCUCUGCCGCCCCCGCCUCCGCAACUCAUGCAGGACUUGCCCCGUCAGCGACUCCCUCUGCCGGUUAGUUUCCGGCCAGAAAUGGGCGGCAACCAGAAAUCCCCAAAACUUUUGGCUCGUUACUUGUUCCGUUGACUGAUUAGAAACCAGCCUUAUUCUCUUAAAUGUUUACUUUCCCCACACUGAGAGAGCAAGCAUCGCUGAAGGGGCAAUUUAAUGGCGCGUUUGCAAAGGCUACAGUUCGAAGUUGUUGGUACUCUAUCACACUAUAGAAUAGUAUAACCGUUUAUUGAUCCAAAAUUAUUUUCGGUUCGUAAAGCUUGAUGAGCAAUCAGCAAACUUUUCAAUUUUACACAUUUAUGAAGUUCAUUGAAAAAUCAUCUCAAAAACUAAAAGUCUUCUAUCAGGAAUUUUCACUUGGACUUUCAAAGAAUGUUUUUUUCAUACAAAUUCAUGGGAACUUAAAAUUAAAAGAACAUCUUUUGUGAGAGAAGAGAGGAAAAGGAUGAUACAAACAACUUUGAAAAUGUGGUAAGGAAAGUUAGCAAUAGUUCGAAAAAAAAUUCCCUCUGUUUUAAGCUUCGGUUGCUCCUCACACUCCGAAGCUUUCAGAUCAUACAGCAGCAAGUGGACUUUGGACCCGUCCUCCGGCAAUACAACCGUGCGGAAAUGAUUUACGGGGUAAGUUUUAAAACAUGGUUUUUUGGUGGGACGGCUUCGAGUGUUUCACCAGAAAAAAAUUAGAGCUUUCCCGAAAAGAAAACUAUCACUUCGAAAUAAAUUUUUUUGGUGAAGUGCUUGAUAUUGCGGAACUGUCGAUGAAUAGCCUAGUCAAAAGGGAUGAAUAUUUGCUUUUUUUUUAUUCGAAAAUGUAAGCCACGUCUGAUUUUGAAUUACAUAUUUCAAAACUUAUGGGAAAACACAAUAUUUUUUUUUUUUGCUAUUUUGUGAUAUGAGCUCAAUCUAAACUAAUUAAAACGGCGUGUACCAUUUUCCCUCAAAAAGCUCAGUAUCUGCAUAAAGACCGCUUUACGGCACAAUUUAAUUCGUUUGUAACUCUUUUUGAUAAUCGAAAUGAUGGUGGUGGUUGGUCUGUCGUUUUGUGGCUGUGAUUCGAGAAAGAUCUAUCCUCCUCCUCGUGUGCUGGUCCUCUGUUGUUGUUUUCGUACUCGUAAACAUACCAAGUUUCACUGGCUCUUCCCCUGAUUUUUCGGUGUCGUGCUCAGUGAGACUAAAAUCGAGUUUACAGCAGGAAUACCUACAAGAGGAGGUGGUUGCACAGGCACCGCUUUUAGACCAAUAUCCAUUCUUGCCGAUACAUGGUCUCGAGGGCCUGGGUCUGGCUGAAGAAUUCGUGAGUAGCCUUGCUUACAAGGAGUUCAUUCUACUCCAAACAUGAAACUUAGUCCAAAAACUCCAAAAACUAGGUGAAAGACUUGAACAGAGAUAUACUAUUUCUGAGAGUAGACACCUCAUAAGGGAAGUCAUUACACUUUAAUAUUAAGGUUUUCUCUAAACUUGCCUACCUUUCAGGCUUGUAUAAAGAUUUCUGAUAUCUCCUUGCGCAAGAAAUCCUUAGAUUUCGUGGUUAAUUGAAAAUCGCGCCUAAAACCAUUUUAGACUUUGAAAAAUUAAAUCCCUAAAAAGUUAGAAUUUUCAGGAAGGAUUUUCAUCUAGGCAUCCAGUUAGUGUUUGAGAAAAAUUUAUAAAAUUUUCCAAACUUCGUACUAAAAUUGAAUUCGUUGUCAAAGAAUUUCAUGAUCUUUACCUAGAACAGGCGAAAAGGUUUGUAGUUUCCGAAAAAUUGCAAAUAUUGGAGUAGAAGAGCCUUCCUUGUUAGAAUAGCUUUUUCUGAGGAUCAAAUCGGAUCUUUCUCUUUCGAACGAAAUCGUAGAAACAUAUCGAAAAAGUCUGAGCUUAUGAAGUAAUUGAAGUUUUUAGUUUGAAGAAAGUAAUUAAACCACCUCUCGGCUUCGACUGAAUGUAAUGUUAAAUUUAUCUUAUCCUAUACUUAUUGAUAAGACUAAUUAAUGUCUCAUACUCCGAAGAGAUAUACAACUUUGAAAUUUCUUUUGGGUUUUUUUUGCAUAUCAGUUGAGAAGGUCGUUGAAUUCAUAAGUAGUCGCGGUUUUCAUCCGGUCAGAAAAGGACUUUCACAAAAUUUGGUAUUUUUUUCGCGUUUGGGCGUUUGAAUGGUUUUGGAAAUAAAGUUUUGAAGUUUGAUGUGAGAAGAUGAACAAAAGUCCUUCUGAGUGAACUUUUUUUCUCGUCCAGCAGUUCAUUCAAAAAAGAAAAUUAUAUUUUUUUAUUUCUUCCGCUUGAGCAAAAUAGGGCAUUUUCUAAGGUACAGAUUUGGCUGCCGUUUUCUUCCCAAAGAGGUUCUCAUUCACAUUGUUAUAUCAGACUAUCAGACUAAAACAAUAACAAUGUAUUGAAAACACUCUUAGUCUUGGAAAGUAGAUCGUGUAUUACUGAUUUGAUUUAAAAUGGAAUAUCUACAGAGAGGCGCCGAUCCACGCUACCAAGCCAUCGAGUACGCGCAUCGUCAGCAGCAGCAACAGCAACAGCAACCCCAGCAGCAGCAGCAGCAAAGAGUCGCCAGAUACUUGCCUCCGAUGCGGCAGCAGGAGCCUCAGCCGCAAGUUGCAGUCGAGAUCCAAGUGAACCCUCCAGCGGCCGGACCGCGGACUCCGCCCAUUAACGACAUGGUCCACGGCGUGAUGCGUCUUGCCGUCAACCGCAUGGCUCCGCCGCCGGAAGCCCCCGCUGAGAUCCCUCAACUCAACGCCGAAACUCUUGCCCAGGUGCCCACACUCGUACCUUUGUAUCUACUUUGGUUUGUCCAGGUCAACGCUAUUCUGAAUGACCAAAAUGCCGCAGUUGCUGCUGCGGCUGAGGAAGUCGCCGCCGUAGAGAACGCUGCCCUUAUGGAGAUGCGUCCACUAGACGUGAGCUUACAAUAAAAAAAUAUAAGAAACCACCUUAGGAAUCAGAAUUAUAAGAAAAUAUUCGAAAAUUCACAGAGAAAUUGGAAAAGCCUGGAUCUUGAAGUCAUAAGCUCAUAUAAAGAUGAGGACCGUCAGGAGUGUAAGAGUUAUUUUUGAAGGCUUAUUUAAAAAUCCAAGUGUCCGCCGAAUUUUCUUUACCAUGUUUUUCUCUGAAACUUUUUCAUGUUCAAAAAAGUCUUUUUCAGCCUGAUCUCAACGCCCAGCAACCGGUUCAGGGGAACAGACGUCCGCGAAACGAACCUGAGACUCCGAGGCGAUACAGAAGGUGCUCUCAUUUCCCCAAGACUCUUCCCUCAAUCCAGACGUUUUAGGGAGGGAACGGACGAGGUGCAACAAUUGGAAGAACCUCAGAAUCAAGAACCGCCGAGGAAGAUCCGUUUGACGUCAGUUUGAUUGAAUUUCGGAUAAUUAAAAGUUUGAUCAUAUGGAGUAUUGUUGUGAGAUUUGAACAAUGAGGGAGAAAAUGUUCAGAAAAAAAAAUGAAAAGAAAGGUUUUCAAGAAAAGUUGGGAUAUUUUUCAACUAUCAAUCACCUAGUUUUGGUAAUUUUUUGAUCAAGAUGAACAAAUUUGUUUCUAGAAUGACGAUAAAAAACUGUUUUGAAGCUCAUAAUUUUCGAAGAUAUUCAGGAACUUUCAAGGGGAAAUUACCCUGCAGAGAGACGAGAUUUUCGCUCUCUUCAAAAGACUUAUCACAACUUUUCAAGCAAAUUGAAGCAUUUAAUGAACAUUUUCAAUCUUGAGAUACCUUAGCUGUUUGAUCAAUCAAAUAAUUUUUAUAGUUUUUCUUCAGUCAUUUACGCGAUAUACUAAACAAUGAAGAUCAGAAUUUUCACCAACAAGAAAGUGAAAAAAUACUUACUUCUAGUGAGAACCCGGCGGAUUCUGAAGCGUCGACUUCUACGGAGGCGAGCCGCAGGGAGCUUCUCGGGCGCAUCACCCGCGCAACGGCCCGUGCCACCGCACGUAUCCGUCCCGAACAAGACCCUCCUGCGCCGGCUUCCAGCACAGGAGUCCAACCAGUUGGCGUUAUUCAGCCGAAAAUCGAGGAGCCCGACUCUCAAUGA